AUGCGAAAUCUCAGUAUCAGAGGCCGUAAGGGUCGCAGCGACUCGGAUGGUCCGAAGCAUCACUUCGCCAUUUCCACGCUUCGCGGUUUACAGCAGCCAGAAUCGUCGAAGAAACUAUAUAAGCUGAUCAAGUCUGAGAACCAUGCAAUUAGCGCUUACGAAACUGCAGGACGUGAGAGUUUGUCUAUUGCGUCUCAAUUGUCAGAAUGGGGAGAAGACACCGGUGAUGAUGCUGUUUCUGAGAUUAGUGACAAGCUGGGAGUCUUACUUGCGGAGAUCGCUGAGCAGGAAGACCAGUUCGCAUCAAGCUUAGAGGAAUCUCGAAGCAUCUUGAAACAAAUUAGAAAUACAGAAAGCAGCAUUCAGCCAAGCAGAGAUCAAAAGGUCAAGAUCUCUGACGAGCUUCAAAAGCUGAAGUACAAGGAGCCAACCAGCACAAAGAUUCCAGCACUCGAACAAGAACUUGUGCGAGCUGAAGCUCAAUCACUUGUUGCGGAGGCUCAACUUACAAACGUAACCCGCAGAAAAUUUAAAGAGGCGUACGCUCUCCAUGCGGCUGCAGUGCUCGAGCGCGCCGAGAAACAGGCUAUUUUAGCUCGUCAGGCACAGAAACUGCUUCUCUUGCUCGACGAUACUCCGAUUGUCCCAGGCGAAAGUCAUGAGCCUUUUUCAAAAAAUGAGGAAGCUAGGCAGAUUCUCAGUGACGCGGAGGACGAGUUGAAAGCUUGGCAGCCGAGUUGGGAUCUGCCAAAACAGACAGCAACGGGCCAAGACGACAUGGCAGUACCGCAAGGCGUUGCAACUGGUAGCAUUAUGGAUGAGAACUCGUCCGGUGAACACCAGACUGAUGGAAGUACUGCAGAUGCCACGUUCAACGCUCCGGGCACAUCACAUGCACAUACAUGA